ACCUGGGAGGAGGCGGAGUACAAUAUGGCGGAUGGCGAGGAGCCGGAGAAGAAAAGAAGGAGAAUAGAGGAGCUGCUGGCUGAGAAAAUGGCUGUUGAUGGUGGGUGUGGGGACACUGGAGACUGGGAAGGUCGCUGGAACCAUGUAAAGAAGUUCCUCGAGCGAUCUGGACCCUUCACACACCCUGAUUUCGAACCAAGCACUGAAUCUCUUCAGUUUUUGUUAGAUACAUGUAAAGUUCUAGUCAUUGGAGCUGGCGGCUUAGGAUGUGAGCUCCUGAAAAAUCUGGCGUUGUCUGGUUUCAGACAGAUUCAUGUUAUAGACAUGGACACUAUAGAUGUUUCUAACCUUAAUAGACAGUUUUUAUUUAGGUCUAAAGAUGUCGGAAGACCUAAAGCUGAAGUUGCUGCAGAAUUUCUAAAUGACAGAAUUCCCAAUUGCAAUGUAGUUCCACAUUUCAACAAGAUUCAGGAUUUUAAUGACACUUUCUAUCGACAAUUUCAUAUAAUUGUAUGUGGACUGGACUCUAUCAUAGCCAGAAGAUGGAUAAACGGCAUGCUGAUAUCUCUUCUAAAUUAUGAAGAUGGUGUAUUAGAUCCAAGCUCCAUUGUCCCUUUGAUAGAUGGAGGGACAGAAGGUUUUAAAGGAAAUGCCCGAGUAAUUCUUCCUGGAAUGACUGCUUGUAUUGAAUGCACACUAGAACUGUAUCCACCACAGGUUAAUUUUCCCAUGUGCACCAUUGCAUCUAUGCCCAGGCUACCAGAACACUGUAUUGAGUAUGUAAGGAUAUUGCAGUGGCCUAAGGAGCAGCCUUUUGGAGAAGGCGUUCCAUUAGAUGGAGAUGAUCCUGACCAUAUUCAGUGGAUUUUCCAAAAAUCCCUGGAGAGAGCAUCACAAUACAAUAUUAGGGGUGUUACAUAUAGACUCACUCAAGGGGUAGUAAAACGAAUCAUUCCUGCAGUUGCUUCCACAAAUGCAGUCAUUGCAGCUGUGUGUGCCACUGAGGUUUUUAAAAUAGCCACAAGUGCAUAUAUUCCUCUUAAUAACUACUUGGUAUUCAGUGAUGUAGAUGGACUGUAUACAUACACAUUUGAAGCAGAGAGAAAGGAAAACUGCCCAGCUUGCAGCCAGCUUCCUCAGAAUAUUCAGUUUUCUCCAUCGGCUAAACUGCAGGAGGUUUUGGAUUACCUAACUAACAGUGCUUCUCUACAGAUGAAAUCUCCAGCCAUCACAGCCACAUUAGAGGGAAAAAAUAGAACACUUUACUUACAGUCAGUAACCUCUAUUGAAGAACGAACAAGGCCAAAUCUUUCCAAGACACUGAAAGAAUUGGGACUCGUUGAUGGACAAGAACUGGCAGUUGCUGAUGUCACUACACCACAGACUGUACUAUUCAAACUUCAUUUUACUUCUUAAGGGGAAAAAAUUGCACAUAAUAGAAAACACAGAAAUAUUUCAUGUAUAUGGAGAAAUUUAAUUGAUGUCAGUUUUAGCAUUAGUGCUGCUAGGAUUUGACUUUUUUAAAAAUAUAUAUAUAUACACAUAUAUAUAUAAAAAAUGAGCCACUCUUUUUUAAUUUUAUAACUAUCCUUUGAAGACAAUUUUGGGAUUGGUGAUUGUAAACGUUUUUGUUAAAAUGGAAAAUGAUGCCUAGAGAGAGAGAUUAUGAGGAAAUGUAUUGCUUCUUUUAAAGGAGGAGGCAAAAACCCUCUUUUGUGUGAAUUUCAUGGUAUGGCGAAAUGUAUUCCUCAGUUUUCAUUCGAGCACCCAUAUAUGCAAAAGGUGUCCCUUUAAAGAAGAUAACAUUAAUAUUCAAAUAACACAAAAUAUUGCAACCUGAUAUCUAGAGCAUAUUGAACAUAGGCUCCUUCUGCUUGAUUUAAUAUUCAUUUAAUUCAUUCAGCUGUCCAAAUGAAUAUUAAUUAUUGCAAAGGUUACCUUGUCCAUAAUAAUUUAUAAAUGGUGAUGUAGUUGAAUACCUGUGCAUGGAAAUGAGAAAUAUUUUGAUCUGUUUACUUGCAGUGCCAUAGAGGCCAAUAUGUA